CAGGGCCCAGUUUGAUCCACGUCAGGGGAAACUGGCCUCUGCCCUAAGAGUGAUCCUGGGUGUGCAAAGGCCUCAUUAAAGCAGUGAGGGGUGGGGAGGAGUGAGCUUUCCGACUCUCCUGACAGCUCCAGCUUCAGAUGGGAACUGGGAGGUGUUUGAACAUAAAGUGUUUGUGACACUACAGGCAUCUGGUGGGUGAAAACAGCUACCAGGGAGAGGCUUGAUUGUUGGGAAAUGCAGAGGACUACAGCUGUCCCUUCCACAAGCCCUGAUGAAGAGAUAAGUCCGGAAGACGGGCUGGUGAAGUGCUGCUGACCACAAGAUGACUGCACACAGAGGAGUAAAUGGUCCACUAUCCAGUUAAUCUCAGUAGAAUCACAAACAUUUAGGUUGGUAAAGAUCCUUGAGACCAUUGAGUCCAACUGUAAACACGGAUCCACCAAGUCCGUCAUUAACAAUGUAACUGAGUGCUCCAUCAAGGGAUGAUGACUCAACUACUUCCACGGGGAGCUUGUUCCAGUGCUUGACAAUCCUUUUGCUGAAGAAUUCUUCUUAACAUCCAAUCUAAACUUCUCCUGGUGCUACUUAAGCAAAUUUGCUCUUGUCCUAUCACUUGUUACUUGGGAAGAGACUGACAUCUCCUUCCUUCCAGCCUCCUUUCUGGCACAGACCCUGCACAGUGCUGUCCUGUACUUUGUUGUGCUGCACAAAUUCUGUGGUAGAAGGAUAAACUCAGCUCAUUGAAACUGAGUAAUGUGCAAGCAUCUCCCACGUGGUACUGGUGAGAAAGCCCUUUGCAAGCAAAAAGCCUACAUGGGAACUUAUUUUACUGCGACAACGGAACUAACGAAGAGAAUUUCUUUCUUGUAUGAAAGUCCUAAAAGUGCUUGAAUGACUGAAACAGGGGCACUCUUCUUUUCUAUGACAAGGGUCUGCAUCUAGAUCAUUGAUCAAAGUAUUAAACAGAGCUGUGCCUAGAAAUGUACCGUGAGGAACACUUGUGGUGAUUGGUCACCAGCAAGAUGUCCCCCCAUUCAUUACAGUGCUUUGCACUCUACACUUCAGCCACUUCUUCAUUCAGACCACUGUGAACCUGCUUUUCUCACAGUUGUUUAAUGUGUCCAGAGGAUGCUGUGAGGGACAGUAUCUAAAGCCUUACUAAAAUCCAGGAAAAAUACAGCCACCACCUUCCCUUCAUCUGUGAGGCAGGUGAGCUUCUCAUAGACAGAUGUCAAAUUAAACAGGACUUUCCCUUGGUGAGCCCAUGUUGACUGUGCCUGAUUAUUAUGUUGUUCUUUAAAUGUUCUUUCAGUAGUACCCACUAUGAUUGUCACCAUAUUUUUCCCAGGAACUGAGGCUAGACAAACAGGUCUGUAGUUUCCUGGUUCUGUCCUCACAACCUCUUGUAAACUGGAAGAACCCUGGUCAGCUUCCAGUCAGCAGGGACAUCUGCAGACUCCCAAGACCUUUGGCAGAUGAUCAAGAGGGAUCCUCCUGUAAAAUCCACUAGCUCUUUCUGUACUGUAGGAUGAAUCCCAUCAGCCCCAUGGACUUGUGAACAUUCAGCUGAUAGAGCUGGUCCCUUACAUUUCAGUGUCCACCAAUGGCAAGCCAUUGUUCCUGAACUUUUGGUCCUCCAGCUCAGUGGAUGGGACAGCACAAGAUCUAUCAAUAUAAUUGAAGCCUGAGGCAAGAAAAGCUUUUAGUACCUCCACUUCUUCUUCAUCCCUGUCAGUCAAGUGACCAGCUUCAACAGCUAUCAAUCCAAUGUUUUCUUUGGACCUCCUCUUGUUAUUAGUGUACUUAAAAAACCCUUUCUUGUUGUCUCAUACACCACUGGCCAGUUUCAUCUCUACUGGUCUCUGGCCUUUCAUGUCUUUUCCCUGCAUAAGGGAACCGAACUAUGCAAUGUUCCUGCAAAGCCUGACCUUGCUUCGAGAGAUGAUAUGAUUUCUUUUUCCUCAUGAACUCUCUGAGGAGUUCCCUGUUUUGUGAAGUAGGUCUUCUGUCCCACUUGUUAAAUUUCCAUGCAGUGGAACAGCCUGUUAAAAGGUGGUAAGUAUACAGAGUUGUGAAAACACAUUAAUUGUCUUGAAUGUAUUGUAAGGCAACUCCAGAAGUUGCUUCAAAGUAUUUUGUCUGAAGGCAGAAUCAAGAUGAUCUUGGAAAUGGGCCAUUGAUUUUUGUCUUAUCAUUGUUGUUCCCAAAUUCAGAGGUUUCUUGAUGGGAAUGGAAAACUGUCCUGAGAUGAUUUUUCUGGUUUUGUGUUAGAGCAUUUGUAUUCUCAUUUUUGCCUGUUCUCCUUCUACUCUAAGAACCAUCUUUGAGCAUUGUCUUACAUAUUUCUCUUAGGAAUGACUCUCACCCCGUGUAUAAUAACAGAUUCUUUCACUGAAGGUAGUGUGGCACAGAACAUCUGAAACCCUCACGCUGUGUUGUGCUAUAGUCAUAAACUGUGACCUUCUGAAGUGCAAUACAGUUAUGUGUAAAAGUAAAACAAAAAUAACGCCCAGUUGAGUUGAGAGAGUAGUCUUUGUAGUGAUGUCCUUAUUGGAAAACCUCUGUCAAAGUUUUCAAGAGGCUGGGAGUUUUUUUCUCAUAUCUUCCCCUGGCUGAGGAAGAUGGAGUGGGUACAUUUCUGCCAUUUGAAGAUGCAGCCAGUAGAGCACUGAGGAAAAUUUUGGGGAGGACAGAAUUGCUGGCAGGCCUCUAUGGCUCUCCUAAACCCUGAGCUUCAGGCUGGGACAUCGAGGUGUAAAAGAUUGACUAUUCAAUUAACCUGAGUAGAAUCAUUUCAGUUAGAACAGAUCCCUGGGACGACCAAGUCCAACUGUUAACAUUAAGACUAUCAAGUCCACCGGUAAACCAUGUCCUUGAGUACCACAUCCUGGGAUGGCAACUCGACCACUUCCCUGGGCAGCCUUUGCCAAUGCUUGACAAUGCUUCAUGUGGAUUAAGUUUUCCUAGCAUCCAAUCUAAACUUCCCCCAGUGCAGCUUGAGGCUAAUUCCUGUCAUGCUAUCACCUGUUCCUUGGGAAGAGAGUGACACUCAGCUCCUUACAAUCUCCAUUCAGGCAGAGGCCUGAGAUGCCUUGUACUGUGUUGUGCUGCAGAAAUUUUGUAGCAAAAGGAUAAACUCCACUCAUUGUAAACAAGGAACAUGCAGGGAGCUCCCACUUUGGACUGGUGAGAUCAUCACCUGUGACACAGAGGUCCAUAUGGGAAUUCUUUUACUGUGACAUUCAAAAUAAUUACUAGAAUAGCUUUCUUGCAAAGAAGUAUCCUAAUGUCUUGAAUGACUGAAGUGCGAGUGCUCAUUCUUUUCCAUGACCAGGGUCUGCAUGGCAUGGUCUGUAUGGCUGGAGUGCCGUGUGAUGCUCCUAUGCUCAGGGGUCCCCAAAUCAAAAGGGAUGUCGUUUUAUCUGUGUUAAUCUCUAGCAACGGUGUGAGCUAUAUUAGACAGAGUUGUGAAUUAGACUAAAUGAGCACAUGUCUCUCAGUGAGAUGAAAGGAACCAGGCUCUCUCUCAGGUGGUGUAAGACUGCUGGCCUUUUGGGAUGGUCCAGUUUAACGUUUCAUGUGUCUCGUGCAGUUCAUGACCCGACGGCUUAUUCCCGUUUCUACCCCAAGAGAGGGAGGAGACUAUUUUGUGCAAUAGAGGGCCUGAACAAGCUGCUGAGGUUUCCUGAGGGGCUCGUCGGAAGUGCCGUUUAGGAAGCAAUACGGUGGGCAGGACUUUUCAGAGAGACUCUCCUGAACGCACGCAUGUCCGUGAUGGUGUAAGCACUGUUGUCAGGGAUGCAGGCAAGCGCGGGGCUGCAGCAGGCGUUGUUGGCUGACCAGGAGUGGGAGGGCGGCGAUGUAGUGGCCGCUGCCCAGCACCAGAGCUUAGCAGUUGCUGUCGGCAGAUGAGUGUUUCCACCGUUGCGUCUAGAGAAGUCCUUUGAGGAGUGUUACCAUGUGGUGACGGCGAGAAAAUAGACUAGCAGGAGGUGUGGGAGUACAACGUGACGGUGCGGGCGGCGGACGGCGGGUCGCCGGCGCUGUGCAGCAGCGCGGUGCUGUGGCUGCGGGUGCUGGACGUGAACGACAACGCGCCGGUGUUCGCGGAGGCGCGCUACAGCGCCCGUGUGCCCGAGAACAACGCGGCGGGCGCGCUGGUGCUGAGGGUGUGGGCGUGGGACGCGGACUGGGGGCAGAACGCACGCGUGCGGUACCGGCUGGGGGAGGGGCGUGUGCGGGGCGCGCCGCUGUCGUCGUCCGUGUCGGUGGAGGCGGAGACGGGUGCACUGUACGCGCUGCGCUCGUUCGACUACGAGGAGGUGCGCGAGGUGGGGCUGUGGGUGCGGGCGGAGGACGGCGGCGCGCCGGUGCUGAGCAGCAACGUGUCGGUCGGUGCGACUGGUGAUCGUGGACGAGAACGACAACGCGCCGCAGGUGCUGUACCUGCUGCCAGCACCGGUUACGCAGGGCAGCAGCCCCGUUCCGACACUGCUUCUCAGGCAUCAUGCUGCUCUCUCAGCUUAGAUACACUCCCGAGCUGAGGACGAAGCAGUGACCGCUGGAGUACACCGCUGAGUCGGGGUGGAUAAGAACGAAGAAUCGCUGUGCAGGUCGCAGCCCGCAGGAUGCCGGGCAACCGACUCAGGGAACUCAGCCCUCCUCCGUCUCAGCCGUUUGAAUAGCCGGCCGGCAGGCAUGUCCACUCCUAAGCCUUGCUGUGACCCGCCUCCCGUCCCGUUCCUCAGGCUGAGAUUCCUGAGUCCACGUCUCGCGGAGCCAUCCUGUUCCCUCCGUGCCUCCCCGGCUGUGACCCUUGCCUGGUUUCCGCAGCCGGGGAAGGCGGCUUCGUCCCUCCGGGCACAGCCUUCGUCCUACCGUAAGAAACACCACGCGUUUGUCGUGCAGAAAGGCACGGAUUGGCCGGGUGCUGCAUAGAGAGGGGGAAGACAUGGGGCAGGUGGCGGCGCUGCCCGUGCGCUCGGUCUGACGCGGCGGCCCCGCAGGGCUCUUGUCUCACCGUUAAUGCGCUUCCCUCCCCGGCGCGGUCUGCGCGCUUCAUGUCCCCAGGCGGGAAAGCCGCCUCAGUCUCGCGUAUGCGCACGGGUCCGUGUGCAAGACGGCAGCGCGGACAGCGGGCGGCGGCGGGCGCAGUCUGGCGACGGGCCGCAGGGUGGCGCUCCCGGCCAAGACGUCGCCGAGCGGCUGCGAGCGGAGAGGCGGUCGAACCCAGCCCGGCCCUUCCCUGCCCAGCCCGCCCGGGAAGCAGCGGCAGCGGCUAGCGGUGCCCAAUGCCUUUCGCCACCGGGACAAGGCAGCUGCGUCUAGGACCCCCCGAGUAGGACCCGGUGAGAAGGAAAAGAGGGAGAGAAGGAACGAGCGCAGACGACCGCGUCCGCCGCGCCGCUGCCGGGCGCUGCUUUCCGCGGAGGACUGAGCGGGUGAUCCGCGAGACGGAGGCUGUCCCGAACCGGCCCGACAUGGCGACCGCAAGGCAAGUGCUUUGUCUCUCUGCUUUCCUGUCCCUGCCGCACGCUUGCUCCCAGCCCCUGCGCUACUCCGUAGCCGAGGAGGGGGAGAGCGGCUCGGUGGUAGGCAACGUGGCGGAGGACGCGGGGCUGGCCCCGGCGCAGCUCUCGGCUCGCCGCGCCCGCCUGGCCUCGGAGGACGGCCGGCAGCACUUUCGCUUAGAGCGCGGCACCGGCCGCCUGCUCGUGGCGGAGAGGCUGGACCGGGAGGAGCUGUGCGGGCAGGCCGCUACCUGCACGCUGCCCUUCGAGCUGGUGCUGGCCAACCCCCUGCAGUUCUUGCGAGUCGAGGUGACCGUGGAGGACAUCAAUGACCAUGCGCCCGUUUUCCCGGAGGAACAAGUCACUUUUAAGAUCCUAGAACUAAGCCACCCGGGCUCGCGUUUCCCACUGGAGGGAGCUCGGGACCUGGAUAUUGGCAACAACAGCAUCCAGGCUUACAGCAUCUCUCCCGAGAAUGAGUACUUCAGUGUCUUUUUUGGGAGUCACAGUGAUUAUGAAAAGUAUGUGGAACUGGUCCUGGAAAAGCCGCUGGACAGAGAGGAGCAGGCAGAGAUUGGUUUCAGUCUCAUUGCCAUGGAUGGCGGCUCUCCACCCAGGAGUGGGACCAUGGAAAUCCAUAUUGUUGUUCUGGACGUAAAUGACAAUUCUCCAGUCUUCACACAGAGAGUGUACUUUGGGAAGGUUUUGGAAAAUGCACCAGAGGGCUCUGUGGUUCUCAGAGUGGUGGCGACAGAUGUGGAUGUUGGACCUAAUGGAGACAUCUCCUAUCAGUUCAGCCAAGCAGUGAGCCAGAGUGACUCAGCAUUUUUGAUUGACCCUGUGAGUGGUGAAAUUAAACUCAAAAAGCGUCUAGACUUUGAGGCUGCACAGAAAUAUGAGCUUAGUGUGCGGGCCAGUGAUGGUGGUGGCCUGUCAGCAAUCUGCAAGGUGUUGGUGGAGGUGGUGGAUGUGAAUGACAAUGCACCCGAGCUGGUGGUCAGUUCCUUCAGCAGCCCCCUCCCUGAGAACGCAUUACCUGGGACAGUGGUCGCCCUCUUUAACGUGAAGGACAGGGAUUCUGGAGCCAAUGGGAAGAUCUCCUGUGCCCUUGAGAACCAGCUGUUGUUCUCCUUGCAGCCAACCUAUAAGAAUUACUAUGAGCUGGUGACUGUGAGCACACUGGACCGGGAGGAGACUGCACAGUACAUCCUCAGUGUCACAGCAGCAGACGCAGGGUCACCUCCUCUCACAACCACCCAGACCUUCACAGUGGAUGUCUCUGAUGUGAAUGACAAUGCACCUGUCUUCAACCAGACAUCAUACACCAUGUAUGUGCGUGAGAAUAAUGUCCCCACGGUGCUCGUUGGAGCAGUGAGUGCUGCAGAUGCUGAUGUGGGGCCCAAUGCUAAGGUGACCUACUCGCUGUUACCAGCCCACCCCACAGAGCAGCCUCCCUGCUCCUGCAUCUCUGUGAACUCUGAGAAUGGGGAUGUGUUUGUGCUGCGGCCUCUGGACUAUGAGCAGGUGAAGCAGAUCGAGGUCUUGGUGAGUGCCUCUGAUGCUGGGUCUCCUGCUCUCAGUUCCAAUGUCACUGUCCGCCUUGUCGUGGUGGAUGAGAAUGACAAUGCACCACUGGUGCUUUACCCAUCACAGGACAGCAAUCCACCGCCCGGUGAGCUGGUGCCCAUGUCAGCUGAAGCAGGGUACCUGGUCACAAAAGUGGUGGCUGUUGAUGCCGACUCGGGACAGAACUCAUGGCUCUCAUACCACCUGCUGAGGGCCACUGACCCUGGACUGUUUGUGGUGGGUGCCCAAAGUGGGGAGGUGCGGCUGAGGAGGCCCGUGACAGAGAGAGACCCUGUGAAACAGAAGCUUGUUGUUCUGGUGCGAGACAAUGGGCAACCACCACUGUCGUCCACAGUAUCACUGAGUGCGCUCCUGCUCAGUGACUUCUCAGAUGUGCGCCUACCACAGAACAGCCUGGCCACUGAGGAUGAGGGUGAUUCCCUAACAAUGUAUUUAAUCAUUUCAUUGGUCUUUGUCUCACUCCUCUUCCUCGCAUCCAUGGCAGCCCUCAUUACUCUCAAGGUGUGCAAGAGAAAUGAGCUGAAGGAUGGGCACGUGCUUUAUGAUGCUGGAAACUUGCAGGGUGGUCUGGCUGAUGCAGUUGCUGCAGGGACCCUGCCCCACCCCUAUUGCUAUGAGAUCAGCCUCACAACGGGUUCGGGCAACAGCGAGUUCAAGUUCCUGAAGCCCAUCCUCCCCAGCCUGCCACCACAGCACUGCACCAUGGGCAGGGGCACAGAUGAUGAACAGGAUUUCCCCCGUGACCCUAUCACCCUGGAGGAUGUGGCACCAGACAACCCAGCGAUGCUCACUGCGAAGCAGUUCAAUAGUCUUUCCUUUAAGUAGUGUGGGGUCAGCACAGCCAGAGACUUAAGGCCUCAUGAGGGGAAGGAAUGUGGGCUUCAACAUGUGGCAAUGGUUCCUUCAGAGUAAAUCUGUAUUUGCAAUUGGUGUCACUGACUUGCCUCAAAUGUUUAGUACAAUGAAAGAUUGUUUCCCCUCCAAAAAUCCCCCAAUUCCCCUAAUGAUUUUCUGAGAGUAAAUAAUGUUUCAGCUGUGGUAAAGCUGUUUCUGAAAUGCUUCAAGAGUGGGAUUAGUUCCAGGGCCUCAGCUAAGUUCACGUUUUACUUGCCCUAAGUGGGCCUCUUACUAUGUGCUGUAAAGCAAUGGCAUGGUCACGCAGACAGAUCACCUGCUUGCUGAACUGCACGUACCCUUCUCCUGGGUCAGCUGAGCAAGGAAGUUGUGAGUACUGCGUUACAAUGUGGUGCAAGCAUGGAGCUUUUUCUGCUCUGUGUUCUGGAUGUCUCUGUGUCUGAGAUGUGUGGGAUCUGUGUGUUUUGCCUUGUAGUCACUAUGUCUGUCUAUACAGUGAUUUUUAUGGCUGUAUAAGCUGCCCUAGUGCUGAAGGAGAGUUGCUCACAUCCAACUGGUCGUGAUGCAAUGUAGAUAUCUUGACUCUUGGAAAACAACAAUCUUGUUUUCUCUAGGGGAGAACCGCAACAUGCAGAAUGAGACUUCGCUUUGUCAUGUGUGGUGAAGGUGCACAGACAGGCUUUCUGCUCGGGAUUGCCUUGAAAUUAUAGCAACACAAACAACCUUAUCAUAGAGUGUAACUGUACAGUUGUAAAAACACAUUGAUUGUCUAUGAGUGCAUUGUAAGGAAACUCCAGAAUUCACUUCAAAGGAGUUAGUCUGAAAAUAGAAUCAAGAUGAACUUGGAAAGGGGUUGUUGAAUUUGUUCUUGUAAUUGUUGUUCCCAAAUUCAGAGGUUUCACGAUGGGAAUGCAAAGCUGUCCUGAGAUCAGUUUCUGGGUUACUAUAGAGCAUUUGCAUUCUAAUUUUUGCUGUUUCUCCUUCUCUUUGUGAAUUGUAUUUGAGCAUUUCCUUACUUAUUCCUCAUAAGAAGGACUGUCACCCCAUGUAUAAUAACAGACUGAUAGAAUGCAGUGUGGCAUGGAAUAUUUGGAAACACUCAGGCUGUGUCGUGCUGCACUUAACUGCACCAUUGUUAACCACAAUACUGUUGUGUGUAAAAGUGAAAUAAAGAGGAUCCCUCAA